UUGGAUACUUUUUGCUGCGAGUUACUUCCGCAUUUUAACAGGAGUUGGCGGAAGCGCCAGCUGUUUGAUACACGUCUCCCUCGGCUUCCAGACAUGGCGGUGUUCGACAACUGCUCGGUGCUGUUCGAGCUCAGAGGUUUGUCGUUCAAGGAGAAGAAGAAGGUGAAGUCAGCAGUCACAGGUCACGGAGGCAACCUUUCGUUUGUGGUCAACAAACAGUGCUCUUUGGUAGUGACAACCGAUGUAUCCAACCUAAGCUCCAACAGGCUGCGCAGCAUUCAGAAACACCGCACACCUGUGGUCGGGGUGGAUUAUGUGUACAGGUGUGUGGAGACAGGAGUUCUCCUGCAGGUAGAUGAAUACAAGCUGGACACGUCCUCUGCCUCAUCAGGUCCUCUUCAUCACCCCUCCUUCAAGACGGCUCCGCUGGCUUCACUCGCACCUCAGCAGAUAGGGUCAAAAGGCCGGGCCCAACCUGUGGAGCGUGUCAGUGGGACUCAGAGGGCAGAGAGUCCUGAGAGGAGUGGGAAUGUGCUGGACAGGUUCAGGAUUUAUAGAGAAACGGAUUCGGAUCUUCCAUCAGACCAAAGAGACUUUCAAGUGGCAAAGUAUUCAAUCUUUGAGAAGGUAAACAGCAGCAGUUGGUGUGUGCUGGAGCUGCAGAGCUUCAAAGGGGAGGAGGGGCGGCAGUACCGUGUGGUCAGAUACUGGAAGGAUGAUGUAGUGUGUGAGAAGAAGGCCGUGAGGGACAAGCUGGUGUUUGUGUCCACGUCAGAGGAAGCUCUGGAGGUGUUCCAGGCCCUGAGAGACAGCCUGGAGGCUUCAGGUCUCCGGAGGCAGAGCAGGUUUCCUCCUUCUGCCCGUGAGAUGGGCUCUGCGCCCCUGCAGCAGUUAAUCCGAGAUGUUCUGAAUGCAAGUGAGAUGACUCUGAGGAGCCCCGCCCCUUCCACUGUGGGGAAGUAUCGAGCUCUGAGGUGCAGCGUUGAGACGGUUCCCCCCGGUAGCUCCGAGUUUCGGGCGGUGACCGAUCUCCUGCAGGACAGCAGGCUGCAGAUCCAGCAGAUCGUGCGUGUCGGCCGAGGGGUGGAGCUUCAGACCUUUAAGAGCGAGCUGGGGAAUCUGGGGAAUGUUAAGCCACUCCUCCAUUCCUCCAGCCCCAACAACUUUGUGGGAAUCCUGUCUCGUGGGCUGCUGCUGCCCCGUGUGGGCGUCGACCACCACGGGAUAGAAAGAACCGACGUCGGCAAACUGGGCGGAGGAAUCUACUUCAGUGAUUCCCUGAGCACCAGUCUGAAAUACUCCAAGCCCGGCGUGACGGAUGGCUCCCGGCUGCUGUUGGUGUGUGACGUUGCGUUGGGACGUUGCAGGCAGGUCUACAGGACGGACGUCCUGCUGAAGCAGGCUCCCGAUGGAUACGACAGCGUGCGCGGAGUCCGCCGCACUCCAAACACCCCCUCUGAGUUUGAGGAUGACGAGUAUGUGGUUUACAGUCCUGAUCAGGUGAAACUCAAGUAUGUGGUUCAGUUCAGCAUCCAAGGAGACCAGCUGAAGGACUUCACUCCUGAUUUUGCACUUGUUUCUGUAGAGCUCAGUUUAGGCGACGAUAUGUUUGAAAGCAGUAAAAACCCCUUGGAAGAGGUGACCGCCGGACUGUUGGACAGCGCUGGUCAGCAGCUCCCUCUGCAGGCCGUUCAUGUGAAGUGUAAACUGAUGGAUCUGCUUUCGCAGGUCAUCAUCUUCCAGAAAUACACAAACCUGGGCUCAGUGCCCAUCGAGGCAAAGUAUGUUUUCCCUCUAGACGAUUCAGCUGCAGUGUGUGGCUUUGAAGCUUUCAUCAACGGGAAGCAUGUCGUGGGACAGGUGAAGGAGAAAGAAAAAGCUCGCAAGGAGUACAAACAGGCUAUUGAGCAAGGACAUGGAGCUUACCUCAUGGACCAGGAUGCACCUGAUGUGUUCACCAUCAGUGUGGGUAACCUGCCCCCUGGUGCAACCGUCCUCAUCAAAGUGACCUUCGUCUCCGAGCUGAUUGUCCGGGACGGCACGCUUCUCUUCUCCCUGCCCGGCAGCGUGGCUCCGUGGCAGGAGAGCGCAGCCCUCAACCAGACCACACAGGUCACUGUGGAGAAGGUGUGUGUGACCGAUGAAGCUGCAAGUGUCAGAGAGUUCACCUUGGACCUGUCAGCUGAAAUGCCCUACGAGAUCUCCAGCCUGCAAUGUAUCACUCACCAAAUCAAGAUGAAGGUCAUUUGGCUUUUUGUUUUACAUUUUAGUCACGAUAUUUAUCAGAGGCACCAUGGGGGGCGGGUGCACUGUGUGCCGGGCGGCGGAGCGGAGACCCUGGCGGGCCGAUCCCCAGCUACCAGACUUUUGGAAACACAGAUCCCAGGGGCUGUGUUGUCUGUGGGCUUCUGCCUCCUGGUAGGGUCACCCAUGGCAAAUUGGUCCUCGGCCUGCAUGCUGGUUUUCUAUCCAGACUUUGAGGUCAGCUCCAGUCCAGAUGCAGAUGAAGUCGUCCUGCUGUUGGACACGUCCGAGUCCAUGAAGGGAGAGUCUCUCCGCUCGGCCCGCAGAAUCGCCCUGCAGAUCCUCAAAAGCCUGGAUCGCAGCCUGAGACUCAAUGUCGUUUUGUUUGGAACAGAUCACACAGAAGCUUUCCUAACAGUGACGCCACUCGGUGAAGUUUAUGAAGAAGCCCAGAGAUUCAUCAAGCGCUCCGCUCCAUUAGGGGGAGGCACCGAGCUGUGGCGUCCCCUGCGAGCGCUCAGCCUGCUGCCUCCAUCGCGCGGCAUCAGGAACCUGCUGCUGCUGUCGGACGGCCACGUCCAGAACACCGAGCUCACCUUGAAGCUGCUCAGAGACGACGCUCGGCACAGUCGCCUCUUCACCUGUGGCCUCAGCACGACGGCCAACCAACACAUGCUGAGAGCCCUGGCUCAAGCAGGGGGCGGAGCCUAUGAGUUCUUCGACACAAAAACCAAACACAACUGGGCAGAGAAGGUGGCCUGUCAGCUGAAGCGUUUGGCAUCUCCUGGCUGCAGUUCAGUGUCUGUGAAGUGGCAGCAGUUCAGCCCAACAAGUCCACCCCUGCAGGCUCCCAAGCAGCUGCACGCUCUGUUCAAUGACUGUCACACUCUGGUUUAUGGCUUUGUGCCACACUGUACUCAGGUAAGCUGCUUCUCUGCUGAGCUGAACACAGCCCGGCUUUUCCUUCUUUUCUGUCUU